AUUGAUCUCAAUGGCUGCCUCCAUGAUGACAUCAGCCGGCUUCGAUGCUUUGGAGGCCUGAAAAGUGUUUCACGCGUGAAUAUGGCGUCAUUACAUUGCUGUAGACAUUUGUUCAGAUUGCUAGCGAGGCAAACUCGCCAUUGUUCACAGAUCUCAGCUAGAUGUACUGGAUGGCAUGAUACUAAACUGUAUCAAGAGAAGACAUGUUUGAAGCAAUUCAUCAAAUGUUUUCAUGAAAUAAAUGCCAACUCGAAAAAAUUCAGCACAUCCUGUGCCACACAUUCAUCCAAAAACAUUGUUGAUGAUCAUGAAAACUGGAAAAAUCAACCUACAAGUUUUACGAAUCGAACCCAUUUGUGUGGAGGCUUGUCAAGUUCUGAUGUCGACCAAUCUGUCACACUUUGUGGAUGGGUAGAUCGCAGCUCAAAGUUGUUCCUGAAGUUGUAUGACUGGACUGGACAAGUUCAGAUCAUUGUUCCAGAUGACAUGGUGAAAAUGGUAACAUCACUAGAUCGGGAAAGUGUGGUGGAAGUCAAGGGAACUGUGAAGAUGCGUCCAGAACACCAAAGAAGACCGGCGGUCUGCAGUGGGGAGAUUGAGAUACUUCCUUCAGAAAUAAAAGUUUUGAAUUCAUGUGACUCACAAGUACCAUUUUAUCCCACCUGUGUCUCAUAUAACAAGGUGACAUCUGAUGUUAAAAUGGAGCAUCGCUACCUAGAUAUCCGCAGUGUCCAGAUGCAGAAAAUUCUACGUCUCCGAUCAUCGUUUAUCAUGAAAGCUCGUGAAUUCCUCUGUAACAAUCAUGGUUUUGUGGAUGUGGAGACACCCACCCUUUUUAGAAAGACACCUGGGGGUGCUAAGGAGUUCCUGGUUCCAACUCGGCACAAAGGGCGGUUUUAUAGUCUUCCCCAGAGUCCUCAACAGUUUAAACAGUUGCUGAUGAUAGGAGGAAUUGACAGAUAUUUCCAAAUAGCCAGAUGUUACCGAGAUGAAACCCAGAAACCAGACAGGCAACCAGAGUUCACACAGUUAGACAUAGAGAUGGCCUUCACCUCACAGACACACAUAAUGAGAUUAAUAGAGAGACUGCUACACCAUUGCUGGCCCCCGGAGGCCGGGAUCUUACCGGACACCUUUCCUGUCAUGACAUAUGACCAGGCUUUAAGGGACUAUGGCAUAGACAAACCCGAUACACGAUUUGACAUGAAGCUUAAAGACUUAAGUGAUGUCAUGUCUGGUUGUGGUGUUGAGCUACUUGAACAAGCAGAAACUGUCACCGCCCUAAGAAUACCUGAUGGACAGAAGUACUUUUCCAACAAAGAUUUAGAUAUCCUAUGCAAGCCAAUUAAUGAAGAUAAUAAAACAAAAAUAAUUACGGCUAAGAUCAACAACCCUGAAGACUGGAAAUCUUCAAUUUCCAAAAACCUUAGCAUCAAUAUGCCUACAGGCCAUCAGGGAGCGAUUACAGCUGGAUUCUGGAGAUAUCGUUCUUUUGUGUGCAGGCAAAGGGAAAUUUCCAGUAAGUUUUUUGAAGUCCUUGGGAAGAAGCGCCUGGCAACUGCUACUCACUUAGAACAAAAAGGACUGACAAUCAGGAAUGCCAACGACUACAACAUUUUCUGGGUCGUUGAUUUUCCACUUUUUCUACCAAAGGAGGAUGAAGAUGGUAAGCUUGUACAAGGAUGCGUUGAAUCAGCACAUCAUCCAUUCACGGCCCCAGUGGAUGAUGACCUUGAACUUGUGUAUUCUGAUCCCACCAAGGUUCGGAGCCAACAUUAUGACCUUGUAUUGAAUGGUAAUGAGAUUGGUGGAGGGUCUGUUCGUAUUCAUGAUGCAAAACUUCAGAAAUAUGUUCUUUCUGAAAUAUUAAAGGAAGACACAAGUGAGCUAAAUCACCUUCUAACAGCUUUAGGAAUGGGAUGUCCACCUCAUGCUGGGAUUGCUUUAGGUCUGGACCGAUUGUUUGCUAUUCUGAGUGGAGUAGAAAAUAUCAAGGACGUCAUUGCCUUCCCGAAGUCGUACAUGGGAUUAUGUCCUAUGAGUAAAGCUCCAUCUUCUUUGUCAGAAUCAGAUCUUACUCGUUACCAUUUAAUACAAAAAUCAUGAUAACGAACAUUAAAUUAUUUACUUUGUGAAAAUUUGAAAUGAUGAAAUUGUUCAAAAUAUGUAAUAUAUUAUAUUAAAUUAUGCAAAACAGGUA